AUGCCGCUGGGCGCCCGGGCUGCGCCCGACGCACCCAGUGGGUCAGGUCGACCUGCUGUGGGCGCUACGGCCAUGACCGAAGCAGCAAAGGAGUGGUCUUCGCCAAUCACCGUCCUCUCUGGUGUGAACAAGCAUUUGCAGGCGGCGCGGCUGGAGCAUUGAUUUCCGGAUUGGAGCGAGAGUGGUCUGAGCUUGCAAACCAACGUACCACGCAGGAGAUCGAACAGCGACAUUCCGUUCAGUCAGUGGCGGCAAGGCGAAAAGCGAGGGAAGAGGUAUUGAAAGAGCUGGAGUCCGAACGCGCUCGCGACAUCGAGCGGUGCAAAUCGGCGCGCGACGAGCAGUGGAAGGAAAAGUGGCGAAGUCAAGAAUUGAAGUUGCGGUCCGAAUUUGCGACUGAGCGACUUGAGCACACAAAGCAAGAAGCUGAGCUUAGACACCAGUGCGAUCUCAAAGUUCGACGCGAACGGCGCGCAAUGAAAAAGGAAUGGUCAAGGUGGGAGGAAAACUUCGAGAAGGAGAAGGCUUACUGGCACGAGGACCGAGAGGAGGAAGCCGCACGCGCUGACCGCUACCACAGCAAAUACAAACGCCUCAAGAUCAAGUUCGCAGAGCUCGAGGCUCAGCUCGAAGAUGCAAAUCGUCUUCAGCGCAACAAGGCCCAGUCAGAAAAGUCAUCGAGGAGCUCGAAGUCACAUACUGGCAGGCGCAAAGGAUCUUCUCGCAGGGAUCGAUCUGUCGAUGUCAAGCGUCAAGGAAGCGAGGCAUCGGUCUAUGACGUGCGAGAUAGCGACGAUGACGGUUCAACGACAAGUGACAGCUCAGCGACGGACGCAUCGGAGGAGUCGACGACUGAAUCUAAGGAAUCUGAGGAGGAAGUUCGCGUUGCUGGCAGUCCUCGAGGCACCUCCAGAAGGCACAAGAAGCGAAAGAGAUGA